ACAUACAUAAAAACAAUGCUUUGUAAAAUAUUUAUAUUUGCUUUGUUCGUUGCAGUGGUAAUAGGAGAAGAAAGUGCAGAAGAAACUGGAGAAAAAACUGCCGAAGAAGCAUGGCCAAAAUACAAGGAGAAGUAUGUUAAGUCGUACGACGAAGAAGAAGAUGCGAAAAGGUUUGCUAUAUUUAAGGAAAAAUACAACGAAAUCCUAGAGCACAACAAAAAGUACAAGGCUGGGGAAGUGUCAUGGAAAAUUGGAUUGAACAAAUUUACAGACUGGACACCUGAAGAACUUAAAGAUUGGGGUGAUCUCUUAAUCCCUGACGACCAAGAUAUGUAAAAAUAACUUAUUACUGAAAGUUUGAUAAGUAUUAAGUAAAGUAAUUAUUUAU